ACAGUCAAGAAGAAUCUUGAAGUGGUAUGAGAGGCUUUUGCACACUGAAACAGAGGAGAAAAAUGCUCCGUCUGCAGAGGGUCGAAGGGAAUUGCUAUGAUCCAUCUCUACAACCAGAAAAAAUUUUGCUAAAACCGACUGUCACUCGUCUCGGACGCAGUGAUGAAUAUUCAGAUGUUGUUAUUGACAGUGAUAUCUCCUUUAAUGAUCAGUCGUGUUCACGCUGAAAUUCAUUUCAGCAAUGGAAAAUUCAGAAUUGAUUGUAAAGGACUGAACGGGCUGUUAGUCAACAAAACAAAGCAUAGCUCUGCUGUCCUAUGCGAUGGUGAUGUUGUUGUCUUUGGAGGUGCUGGCGUUAAAACGAAAGAAGGACAGAGUUUGUCAGCUUACGAUUCGGAGCUUGUGUAUGUUUUUAAUGAGGUCUGCCAGAAUGAUUCUGAAGAAGUGGGCUCCCUUGGGGAAGGAACAAGCGAUGGAAGCGUGCGAAGGCGAAGCAAACGGAAAAAGCCCGCAUCACUAAGUGAAGGAGUGAGGUAUGGGUACAUAACACUCAGAAGUAGGGGUAGUAAUGAUGGAGAGUAGGGUCACUUGACCUAGAAAAGGAGUGUAGGGUACUAGACAGAGAAAUAAAUACUCUGGAAAAAAAUUUCAAGGGGGUGGUGUGGGUUGAGAUCAUAGAAAUUACAACAACCUCUUGCCUCUUUCGCUUCCUUAGCAGAUACUAUUUUGUCUGUAACUCUUAAGUGGGAUCAAGAUCAUACCCCAGUUUUUUAUUAUUUUAUGAUUUUGCAUGGAGACUAUCAUCUUUCUUCCAAGGGUCAAAUAUACAUUUUCCCCAAAGGUGUAGGGGCAUCUUCAUAUCUUUGGGGGGCCUGUUUCUUGAAUUACUGUCCCAGUAACUUAACAGGCCCCAAACCCUAUUUUAAAGUCAAUAUUUAAAGCGAAUAGAGAAGCAGAUUCUAACAACCCUAACCAGUUCAUUUUUAAUAUUUUGUUGAUAGUUGUAUUGUAUAAUUUCAUAACUUCUGAAACCCUCAUCUUGAAUGAAAACAGACAGCUGUACAGGCCUCUUAAGUUACCAGGAUCUCCCGAAACAGGUUCCCACUCAUUACACCUCCUUAACAUAACCAUUUUGUUGUAUGUGUUCCUAAAAUCAAGUUCUAGUCUGCUACAAAUAAGACCAAGUGUCAAGACCUAAUCUGAACUUCCUAUUGAAUGCUGAUAGGCCUGUCAAACUUUUAAUAUUUUUGUAAUUUCCAGCUCUCCAUGUGAAAAGAAGACUAAAGGCAGCAUGGACGAUAAGCAGGUAGAUAAACUUGGGCUUCUGAUUUAAUGAUUAUUAACCGGCAAAUUACAAUUUUUUUUUAUAUCAUUUUUAAAGAAAAGGCAAAGAGAAAACAAAUUUACCUUAUAUCUUUACCGCUGAAAUUAAAUUUAUAGGGUUAUGACCCUAAGGACAGGUUAUUUUCAGAGAUCUAACCCAAACCAUGGUUUUACACAUUCAGUGGAUCCAAGGCUUUCUCUCUAACAGGGUUGUUGAUUUUAUUAAAUUGUCAUCUCCAUCUACUGUUAGCUUUUGGCCCUCUUGACAAUGUUCACAAAAAUAAAUGUUCAGAUGAAAGUUCCAGCUAUAGUAAAUUGAAUAUUAUUUAGGAUGAGGUCUUGUGAAAUAAUGGCUAAACUUUGUUUAAAUAAUUAGAUCAAGAAAGCAACUUCUAUAGAUAAGUUUUAGUACCAUGUAUUCUAAUAUUUACCGGAUAGCAUAUGGACAUUAUUAAGUUACAGACUUAAUCACUUCUGAAAAUCCAAGAGUUAAAAAAGAUGAAUUUUACAUUUUAUCAGAGGAUAAUCAAUUUCUCAGGGUAUCAUUCAGUGUAGUACACUGUGUUCUGUGGCAUGUAUCAAAACCAUUUAUAUUAUUUUCCAAUCCCAGGUUUUUGAAGUUGAUCAAAAAGCUGAUCCACAAGAAGAAGUAAACAUCAAUGAAGGUACAUUUAACUCCAAGAAGUGAAUUAAACUGAACUUUAUCUUAUGUAAUGUUACAAAUGUAGGAUGCAACUCUCCACUGAAGGCAUCUGUCUAUUGUAGGGAUGUGAAGAAAAAAGCCCUUAAUGCCACUUUUGAUAAAAAAGAGUAAAUAAAGUCUGUUUGCAAGCAAAGUGACCCAACUAGUGGGUUACCCCCAGCAUUUCAUCAGGCUUCCCUGAAAAUUAUCCGGUACCCAGUUAUACUUCUCUCACUUUCAAUUUAAUGCUACAUGACUUUGUAUAUUCUCCAUCAAAAUUGCAAGUAUUCCUCUAACAAAAGUCUGGGAGAAAGUUGUUAUCAAUUGCAUCAGAGGUUACAUAGCCAGGGCUCAUGUUAAAUUUUUAUUUCAUUUAGUAGAUGAAAGCAGAUCAAAGAAGUGCCUAAAAGAUUUAAAUGAGGAGCUACUUUGCUGUAUCUGUUGUGAACUGAUGGUAUUGGCACACACUUUGCCUUUCUCACACACUUUCUGUUUUGGUUGUAUCAGGGGCUGGCUUUGGUGAGACAUAUCACAGAGCAUUUUUUUAGUUCUAAAGUCAUCUUAACCUGUAACCUUUUUAACCCCUAAGGGUGAUUAGCAUCUAAUUUCUCCUUACAAUAUCAUCCUUAAAUCACACAUUAAAGUAGCAAGAAUAAAGGAAACAAUCCCCAUUAUUAUUUUUCUUGUUUCUACUUAGUCAUUCAAAAGACUGUCGAGCAAAGGCUCAACUCAAGUCUGCUGUUCCAGUGAAGGUGAGUGAAUCCUUUACACCCUAACAUCACUAUGCAUAUUCUCCAUACUGUUUGCUCUACAUUUCCUAAAGUGCUGACAAGGAGAAAUUGUUGAACAAUCAGAAGGGCUUCUUUAGUCAGCGAUUAUUUCCUGUAUUUUCAUGACCUUAGUGCAUGAUUCAGAGGUGAUAUUGUAAGGAGAAAUUAGAUGCUUGUUACUCUUAGGGUUCUAAGGGUUAUCAGUUGGAGGGGUGAUUAGAAAAGAGCCUUAAGGUUAUUUUUUAUGGAACACCAACUUCUUUUUUUUUCUUUUUGUGAGGUGAUACAAAACAAUGUGGAAGGAGAAUCUUUUAGUUCAUCACAAGUCAUUUAAGGCUUUUUUUUUCUCUCCACUUCAAUUUUGCUUGCACAGUUAGUGAAAGUUAAGGUGAAUUGUAUUCUAUAAGGCUUUCUCACAUUAUUUAAGGGUCAUGUUUUGACAGAUUGUGACAUCCUAGAAUAGGGGUGGAUUUUAAACACUGUACUUGAGAUGUAUUUGCUUGUCUGUCAAGACCAGUCUGUGUCAGGUCUAGAUGCAUUCUCUACAAGUUUAACAUGCAUAUUUUUGUGCUCUUAUCAGUGAACUGCUCUAUAAACUUACUCAAUGACUCAAUUCUUAUUCACAUGUAAACAAUUUUUUUUUCAUUUCUGUGACAUGUCCUAUAUUUUGCAUAUCAGAGACAAGAAUUUAAUUAUAAUGAUAUUGAGUAAGUGCUAAGCUUUCUGUUUGACCUUCCAGGUGCUAGACAAUACAAUAAACAAAGUAGCAGAAGAAGUUCUUUCUCCAGAGGAACUUGAAGAAAGGCAGCUGAAAAUUCAGGUGAGCAGUGAUUUGAAAAAAAACCUUCCACUUUUGUUGUUGCAGUUAAGUUUUGUAUUUGAUCUUUUAAUAAACAAAUUCUUAUGAACUGAACAUGUCAUUCCUAUACCAUUUUUCUUGUCUUUCUAACAUAAUUAAAACAAAUAAUUAACAAUUGUAUUUCACCUCAGUGGAGGUGAACAAUGGUGGAUAUUUACCUUGCCAUUUUGUGGCUCUGUUAAUAUCCACCAAUAUUCACCAACACUUUGGUGAAUAAUUUUUUUGAUAUAUACCAUACAGAAACCAAAAAAAAUUAGUUCAUUUCUGUCAAUAUAACGAAAAAUGGUUGAAAUUAAUUUUGUCUCUUCACCUGCUCGGCAGUGAAUAGUACUUGCUGAUCUCUUCUGAACAAAGGAAUCAGUACACAUGAAAAGCACUAUUCACCUGUGUGAUAUUUUCUGACAAGUGAUGUUUGCAUGUGUAAGAUUCUUUGUGAACUGCUGUGUACAAAAGAUUAAAAAAGCAAAAUCAAAUUUACCAGUAUUGCUUUUUCAUGUCAUUUCACUUUUGUUUAUAGAAAAUUGCAUUUAAUAUUUUUUUUGUCAAUUCUCUGAAACAUAUCAGAUAUUUUUUUCUUCAAGAUUGUUCUUGUUUGUUUGUUUUUAAUUUUUUAGCUGCUUAAGCCUCCUGCAUGUGACUGGUAGUUUGUUAAAUAGCUUUUUGUGAUGCUUUCAUUGCUACUGACUCCCACAGAAAAAGAGCAGCAUCCCCAUCUGUACCUACACCCCAUACUCAUGACCCCCUCUAAGGAAUGCACCCAAAGAGGCUGCUCCCAAGGUAAGUCUGGACAAACUGUGAAUUCAUCAAAUAGGAAAUUAUAAGAUUAAAUAAGAAGAUUAAAUAUGAGAUGGCAGCUUAACCUGUUCUCUUAAGAGUGACUAGCAUCUAAUUUCUCCUUUCAAUAUCACCUCUGAAUCAAACAUUAAGGUCAUGAGAAAGUAGGAAAUGAUCACAAACUAACAAACCCUCUUGAUUGUUAAUCAAAUUCUCCUUGUCAGCACCUAAGGAAAUGUUUAGAGAACAGUAGGGAGAAUAUGUUUGCUAAUGUUAGGGAGCUAGGGGUAAAUGUCUAGAGCUCUGAGUUCAAGACUUGGACAUGUUGCUGUGUUGUGUUCUUGGGUGAGACACUCUUCUUUCACAGGGUUGAUCUCUCCACCCAGGAUUAUAUAUGGAUACUGCUGUCAAGGAAACCUGAUGAAAUGCUGGGGGGUAACCUGCAAUGGACUGACAUCCCAUUUGGGAAGGGGGGAGGGGGUGUAAAACCAAAACCUAAAAAAUCUCAUAGACCAACCAGAUGAAAAGAAAAUAACACGAGCAGGUGAUAAGACAGUGAAAACAAACAAACUGGCUGAGGGGCAAGAAAAUGAGAGUGAUCAAGAUGAGAGCGAUAUUUUUUUAUCCCUCUUCUCAUUAGCAGUCAAUUUACUAUAGUCCACUUUAAUCAUCAUUGGCAGUCCAUUGCAGGUGAUGUUGACUGAGAAACAGUUAAGUGCUUUAGGGGCAUUGAUGCACUGCAAGUUCAGCAUGUGAGCAGCACAGUCUACUGCAAUGGUUGCAUUUAAGACUGUCAGUUGUUGGUGUGCCUCCUUUUGUGAGCUGCUUGAAAUUCUGUUGGUGACAGCUGAUUCCCCCCCCCCCCCUCUACAUCCAACCCCAUUGAUAAAUAACGAUUGUCACCUUAGUAAGAUUUUUCAGUGAUUUUUGCUUUCCCAAACUUAAUUUCCCUGAAUGCACCGCUUUUAUUAGUUUCCGUUUAAGGAGAUAAAAGCAUAGCAUCUACCUACCUUAUUUGCUUUUGCAGGAAUUGCAUUUGAGAUGUAUUUAGAAACCGUCUAUAGACUGAGGAGUGUUUUGAUUGCAUCAAGUUGCAAUUGCUAUUUAGGUAUUCCAUGCAUGCAGGAGUUUUCAUGAACAAGUUCCUUUAAAUAGUAUGAAAUAUAAAUUGAUUGAAUGAAUUACUAAUAUUAUAGGAUACUUUUCACUGUGCUCAUGAACUGAGUACAGUUCUCCUUUAGGUUCAGAUAGUGUUGACCAUUGUUGAAGUGAUAUCUUACUGAAUGCAUUUUGAAUAAAUUUAUUUGUUUGAUUUGCAAAAGUGUGUUACUGUGCAACAAGAAUGGCUGCAUGAGUAAUGGUAAGUUAUCUUUUUUGUUGUAUUAAAAGCUCAUCUUUGGAUGAAGUAGGCUAUUUAGGAUUAUUUUUUUGACUAUGCCAGAUUGCAUCAGUUGAUAGCUAAGAUGUGAAGUUCAUGAGAAACCCUUCCACCUUACUUGGUUCAGUUUAAGAGCCAAGUUAACCAAGAUGUUGUCUUGCAAAUUCUCACUCUUCAGAGACAGAGCAAAUUAGAUGAAGUAGCAGGGAGGAUUCAGGGGAGGCUGAUGGUUUGGGAGGCAUUCCAGCUACACAGCCUCUGCCAGGGCCCUCACCACACCCCUCGAAAGGAGAGAUAUUCCUCCACAGUUGAGCAUAACUCUGGAGCACAUUGUUGACCAGCUGGAUGUGCUCACACAGGUUAGUUGUGGAAAAAUUUGUGAACAGGGAAUUGUUUUGGAAACCAAGAGCCGGGGGGGGUGGGGACGGGGGAUGCACUCCUGUUAGUGACCCCAUCACGCUGCCAUUUAUAGGGGAGAAUACCAGGGGUUGAAGAGGGACCCGUGCUAGGGGGAAAGGAGCAAAAGGUGUGGCCCAACGAAAAGCUUACACAUAUCACCUAUCGAUCAAUAUCCAUUUUAAAACACCCUUCCUUUAACAAGACACAAGACUUAGAAACGGGGGACACAGCUUUCGCAUACUCAAUUUUUGCUAGUUCCUUUUACCAGUCUUUGAGAAGCAUAGAUUCAUUUAGCCUGAAUUAGGCGGUCUUCUUCUUUGUUUGGGGGGGGGGGAGAGGGAGGAAGGGGGAUGGUAUGGAAGCACCACAGUUGCUCUUUCUCUCUCCCCCCUCCCCCUGGGAAAAGGAAUACCUGAUCGCAAGAUGGAGCUCAUUUCUGAAACAGCGACUGGUGACCAAGUCCGUGGCCCUCGUCGGGAAAAAGGUCACGAACAGUCUAAUAUGAGGUUUUUGUUGUACAGAGACGAGGCAAAGAUUUCAUGCAACACGGAGAUGUAUUAGCUUAUGCUGAAGCGAAAAUAUUUUUUAGAGUAAGGGAGAUACUCUGAUAUUCAUUGCGCCGCCUUUUGUUGCAGACAGUUUCAGUUUUGGAACAAAUGCUGACGAUGACUGAGAAUAAAUUACGAAAAUGCCUGGGUAAUCAACAGAAAAUAACUAUACAGAUCAGACCUAAUGAGUAGCUCGAUGCGACGUCAGUAUAAAGAGACUUAAUCACUAGACAUGUUCAGAAUUCUUUUAAGACUAGUCUUUGUAUGGUAAUAUUGUAAAGUAUGAAAGAAAUUUUCAAUUGAGUGUCGAAAGUAGUCAUGGAUAUAGUCAUGGGCAUUGGUUUAGCUUGACUAUAGUCUGUUAUUGGUUUAGCGAGCCUAUGCCGCCCUCUUGACCAAUCAGGUACGAGCCUUAUCAAGAUCGAGUGUGGAGUAGGGCCAUUCGUAUAUUUCCAACGCGUCAGGCUCUUUGCCAGUUUUUUCUUUGAGUUAUCUUUGGCAUUUUAUUAUAUUUCCUUUAUUAGAGCAGUUUCCAACUGAGUAUCAAAAGUGAUGCUGGAUUGCUUUGGUUUUGCUUCACUCCGUUGUGUGAUUGGUCCAGAAAACUCGUGUCACAAUCUCAACCAAUCAAAUGUAAAACUAAAACCAAACACGACUUGGUCACUCGCGUUUUCCCGCGCUUUAAGGAGGUUGCCUGUUUCUACUCUGUGUUCUCAUUGGCUAAUAAUCAUGGUAACCUUUUUUCUGAUUGGCAGUUGUCAUCACCACUGGAUUUGGUUUUCGAUACUCAAUUGAAAAGUGCUCGACGAUUGGCAGUUGUGAUCAAUUUGGAUUUGGUGAUCCAGUUGUGAUCAAUUUGGAAUUGGACACUCGAUUUGAAAUUCGCUUUUUGAAAAAAUACAGUGUUGUAUAUCUGUGUGCAUGUACAUACCAUAUUAAGUUACUAAGGCAAUAUCAGAACUACAAGUAGAUUAAUAAACUAUUUAUACCUACCUUUGCUGUAUGUUUGGAAUGAGAACUUGGUUUACAUUUAGUCGGAGGUUGAAGUAGCUCUUGUGAGCUGAUUUUAUUUUCUGGUGUUCUCUGUAUUCAAUGUUCUUAUAUGUUUUAAAAUCGUUUUUGGUUUAAAUACGUAUGUUAUUGGUUUAGAAAGCCUAUGCCACCCUCUUGACCAAUCAGGUACGAGCCUUAUCAAGAUCGAGUGUGGAGUAG